CCAGCCCAGGAAAAGGCUCCUGGAGCCGUUUCCACGCUGGCUGCCCCACACCGAGCCAAGCAGCCGAGCCCAGCUGAGCCCGGCCCCAGCUUCCAGAGGUCUUGGGAGCAUCCAGGGCGAUCCCAAGGCUGCAUCCACCUCGGCCUGCCCGGAGCCGCCCUGCAGCUGGGAACAGCUUGAACUUCACGGUCACGCCACCACGUCCUCCUUCCUCCUCCUCCUCCUCUUCCUCCCUCGGUCACACCCCGCGCUGCUGGCGGUGCCCGCGCUCCGGGAAUGACGGCGGCGAGGCCUUUCCUGCCUGCGGAUCGUGCCCGGGCAGCGCCGCAGGAUCCUGGGAGCGCAGUUUCCGCCUGUUGCGCUGGGGAAAGGAGCGGCAGCGGCAGCAAGAGGAAGGAGGAGCUUUUCCACCGCUUCCUCCACUCCGCGGCUCCAGCUGCUUCCUCCCUGGCUGGGUCCGAGGAGGCUCUGCGGGAUCGCGGGCGCAGUCCCGGUUUUGGUGUCCCAGCCCGAGUGUGCCCUGCUCUCCCUGCCUCACCCGGGAGAUGCCAGCCCCCAUCCCGGGACAGCUCCCGCUCCCACACCUGCGGCUGGGGCGGGCUUUAAACCAACCCAAGCGUUCCCAUCCCGUUCUCCGGGGGGCUGGGGAGGGCGCGGGGCCCCUCGCCGUGCCCGCUGCCCGCCGGCUCCCACGCCCGCUCUCCGCUUUGGCACCAAGGUCAAGGCUGGCGGGGCGUGGGCGCAGGUAGGACGGAGCCCGGGUGUCGCAAGGCCGGUGCCAGCUCGGAGCCGGUUUUCCCGCUGGGAGCGCGGGGGGGAAACCCGGCACUGCCCAGCCCCCGGCUGGGGGGCACGGCCCCCUCCUCCAUCCUGCCCAUCCCCCCCGCCGGCAAUUAGCGCAGCUAAUUACCCGGCGGGGGGACACUCGCAGCCUCUCCCCGAGGCCGGGGGCGGCGGGCGGGACGCGGGGCGGUGCGGGAGGAGUGGCCGGGGGGGCCCGUGGGGCGCCGCGCUGCCGGGCCGCCCCGAGCGCUGCCUUCCUCCUCCUCCUCCUCCUUCUCCUCCUCCUUGUCCCUCUUCCCUCCUCCUCCCGCCGCUCCUCCCGCCGCCCGGCCCGGCCCGGCUCCGCUCGCCAUGGGAGAUGUGGUCUCCACGCACCUGGACGAGGCUCGCCGCCAGCACAUCGCGGAGAAGACGGGGAAGGUGCUGGGCGAGUUCUGCCGCUGCUACAAGGAGCAGUUUGGAGUCGCUCUCUUCAACAGCGUGCGCUAUGAGAUCGAGGGCGCGGGGGGCCCGCAGCCCCAGCUGCUGCACCGCAAGGUUCCACUGGAGAGCCAUGUCAUCUACUCAGGCAACAUCUUCCAGUACAUCGAGGAGAACAAGAAGUGGAGGAACCGCUUCUGCGUGGUGCCACACAACUACGGGCUGGUCCUCUACGAGAACUCACUGGCCUACGAGCGGGACCUGCCGCCGCGGGUGCUGGUCAACAGUGCUGGCUACAAGGUCCUCACCUCCGUGGAGCAGUACCUGGAGCUGGUCAACAACAGCCUGCCUGGUGUGACCCCGAAAUCCAGGCACUCCCCCAUCCUGAAGUGCCCCACGGAUUUCCCUCUGAUCCUGUGGCACCCCUACGCCCGGCACUAUUAUUUCUGUGUGAUGACGGACAAGGAGCAGGAGAGGUGGCGGGCGGUGUUCCAGGACUGCGUGCGGCACUGCAACGACGGGAUCUCCGAGGACUCCAGAGUGGAGGCCCCAGCCUUCACGGACGCCAUCCGCAUGUACCGGCAGUCGCGGGAGCAGUACGGCACCUGGGACAUGCUGUGCGGCACCCAGAGCCAGGUGCUGAGCAACCUGGUGAUGGAGGAGCUGCUCCCCGAGCUGAGGAGCGCCAUCGGGCCCCGCCUGAAGGGCAAAGCCCCGGAGCGCCAGCGGACCUGGAUCCAGGUGUCAGAUGCUGUCUACAGGAUGGUCUAUGAGCUGGCCAAGGCACAGUACGAGGCAGUAGUGGCCAGGUGUGAGCAGGAGCGGCCGCAGCUGGAGAGCACCAUCCGCACGGACAUGGACCAGAUCAUCACCUCCAAGGAGCACCUGGCCAGCAAGAUCCGAGCCUUUGUCCUGCCCAAGGCAGAGGUCUGUGUCCGUAACCAUGUCCAGCCCUACAUCUCCUCCAUCCUGGAGGCCCUGAUGAGCCCCACGAGCCAGGGCUUCUCCGAGGUGCGGGAGGUGUUCUUCAAGGAGGUCACCGACAUGAACUUGAACGUGAUCAACGAGGGCGGCCGGGAGAAGCUGACAGAGUACAUGAAGAAGCUCUCCCACCUGGCCUUCCACCCUGUGAAGAUGCAGUCAUGCUAUGAGAAGAUGGACCAGCUGAAACUGGAGGGUCUUCAGCAGCGCUUCGAUGUCUCCAGCACGUCUGUCUUCAAGCAGAGGGCCCAGAUCCACAUGAGACAGCAAAUGGACGAUGCCAUGUUCACCUUCGAGACCCUGCUGCACCAGGAGCUGGGCAAGGCCCAGGGCAAGGACGACCUGUGCAAGUCCAUCCAGCGCAUCCUCGAGAGGGUGCUCAAGAAAUUUGACUACGACAGCAGCACCGUGAGGAAGAAGUUCUUCAGGGAGGCCCUGCUGCAGAUCACCAUCCCCUUCCUGCUGAAGAAGCUGGCACCCACCUGCAAGGGGGAACUGGCCAAGUUUCAGGAGCUGAUCUUCGAGGACUUUGCCAGCUUCAUCCUGGUGGAGAACACCUACGAGGAGGUGGUGCUGCAGUCAGUGAUGAAAGACAUCAUGCAAGCUGUGAAGGAGGCGGCGGUGCAGCGGAAGCACAAUCUGUACCGGGACAGCAUGGUGAUGCACAACAGCGAUCCCAACCUGCACCUGCUGGGGGAGGGCCUGCCCAUCGACUGGAGCGAGGAGGGCGGCGGGCAGCCCGAGGAGCCGGCGGCAGAGCGGCGCCGCAGGGCCAAGCAGGUGGUGUCGGUCAUCCAGGACGACGAUGGGGCCCUGCCCUACGGGGCCGAGGCGCUGCUAGAGCCCGGCUCCCCCGAGCCGGGGGAGGCACAGCCCGGGGAGCCCGCCAGCCCCCCGGACACGGUGCAGGAGAUCCGGGAGGCGCUGGCACAGGAGAGCCUCGGGGAGGAGCGGCUGACGAACGGCACCGGAGCCGGCGAGGAGGGGGUGCUGCUGGCAGGGGCUGCGCAGGGGGAUGUCACACAGCAAGGUCCAGCCUGUGACGGGGACGGCGUGCACUGCAUGGCAUCGCCAGCAUCUGGAGCUGAGACCCCAACAAGGACCGGGAGAGAACGUGCCACACCAGCAUCGUCACCUGUCCCUGGAGCUGAGGUCCCAUCAGGGACCGGGAGAGAACGUGCCACACCAGCAUCGUCACCUGUCCCUGGAGCCCAGGUCCCAUCAGGAGCUGGGACACGCCGGGCUGCCCCAGCACCGCCCGUGCCUGCAGCUGAGGUGUCAUCAGGGGGGCAGUGUGCCACUCCAGCAUCCUCACCUGUCCCUGGAGCUGAGGUGUCAUCAGGGGGGCAGUGUGCCACUCCAGCAUCGUCACCUGUCCCUGGAGCUGAGGUGUCAUCAGGGGGGCAGUGUGCCACUCCAGCAUCAUCACCUGUCCCUGGAGCUGAGGUGUCAUCAGGGGGGCAGUGUGCCACUCCAGCAUCGUCACCUGUCCCUGGAGCUGAGGUCCCAUCAGGGACUGGGAGAGAACAUCCUGGACCAGCAUCACCUGUGCCCAGAGCUGCUGCCCCAUCAGAGGCUGAGGUGCCACACGCCACACCAAGAUCAUCUGUGCCAGCUUCCCCCGUGUCUGGAGCUGAUGUCCCAUCAGAGGCUGAAGUGCCACAUGCCACACCAAGAUCAUCCGUGCUGGCGUCACCUGUUCCCAAAGCUGAUGUCCCAUCAGAGGCGGAGCUGCCACACGUCACACCAAGAUCAUCUGUGCCAGCGUCUCCUGUGCCCGGAGCUGACCCCCCAUCAGCGCCCAGCGUGCCCCACGCCACAGCAGCACCACCCAGCCCCCGAGAGCCCCAGGAGCCCCAUGCCACAGCAGCACCACCCAGCCCCCGAGAGCCCCAGGAGCCCCACGCCACAGCAGCACCACCCGGGGCACAGAGCCCAUCCCCAGCGUGUCCCCAGCGUGGUGACAAUGAGACAGGCGAGCUCAGCCCCCCACAGCCCAGGGGCACCACAGAGAGCGGUGAGGGGGUGCAGACUGAGUUCUAGCCCCAGUGUCCUGCCAUGGACUGGUCCUGGGGUCACUGGGGCUGGGGGAGGGGGAUAGGAGCCCCCGGGAUGGAGAGCAGCACCACGGGAGAGGGAGGGGAUGGGGACACUGGGACCUCACAGCCUGAUGGGGGUCCCACAGCCACAGCCCCCACUGGCUGGGCAUGGGGCAUCCCCUGCGCUCUGCUCUGUCCUUCUUCUUCCUUUUCUUUUCUACUGAGGAGAUGCUUUACUGAAGAGCUUUAUCUGCCCCCCACACCAGGGCCUGGGGCUGCCGGGGGGGGGCUGGCACUGGCCCUGCUCAGGGUGGGCGUGCGGGACACUGCUGGCUGUCCCCGGGGCUGUCCCUGCCCCAGUCCGGGGCAUUUCCUGGGAGCUGCCCGCUGCCAUCCCACCCCGGACAUUUCCUGGGAGCUGCCCGCUGCCAUCCCACCCUGGACAUUUCCUGGGAGCUGCCCGCUGCCAUCCCCCCCCGGCCGGCUUCGGGAGCACCAGCGGGAGCAGGAGCUGCAGGGGAUGAUGGAAAACAGAAUGGGAUGGGGACAUGACAGGGACAGCAACGCUGAGGGUUUGAGCCACUGCUGAGGGGAGAGUGCUGAGACAGACACAGGCUGCUGGUGCCCAGGCUGAGCUCACAGUAGCCAGGCUGAGCUCACAGCAGCCAGGCUGAGCUCACAGCAGCCAGGCUGAGCUCACAGCAGCCAGGCCGGGCUCACAGCAGCCAGGCUGAGCUCACAGCAGCCAGGCUGAGCUCACAGCAGCCAGGCCAGGCUCACAGGCAGCCAGAGCCCACCCCUAGCCAUCCUCACCCCAGGGUCUCCUAGGAGCUCUUUUAAGUUCAGGGUUAAAUCUCUGAGGGAAGGUGGCACUCGGGCCAUGUCCCAGCUGUGCCUGGCAGCACUGGGAUAAUUCCAGGCUCAGCUCGCUGUGCAGUGGAGAGAUCCCAGCCUUGCCCUCCACAUGUCCUCAGCCCCUUCCAUGGAUGGCUCCUCCAGCUUUGCAGGUUUUGGCACCCGGCUGAGCAAAGAGCGGGGGUUUGCUGAGCUGGGGCUGGGGACAGGACAGGGAUGCCCAAAGCCCUGGAGGUGCUGGGGGUCUGCAGGACUCCUGGGUGAGACACCCAGAGCAGGGACCAACACCCCAACACCCACCCAUGCUUAGGGGCCACCGUUCCUGCCUCAGAAGGGGGGUGCCCAGCCUAACACAUUCAGGGGGUCCCCAAAGUGCCUUGGGAGGCCUCGCUCAAAGUGCCUUUCUCUGUGAACUUCAAACCUGUCUCUUCCAGGAUAUUUUAUUAAGAAAGUAAUACAAAUGUUUAAAGAUAUAAUAAUUAAUAAAAUGGAAAAGCUUUAUUUAAA